AUGCGGGAUCUCCAGAUACUGGUACUGCUCGUGGUUUUGAGCUUUGGGCCUCUGGUAGGCGUACGAUGCCAGCCCAUUGAAGGGUUCCCACUUGACGCGCAAUGGCCACCUGUUGCGAGGGUUGAUAAACCGUUUGAACUACAAAUAUCUAACGAUACGUUCCAGUCAACUACGACAGGCGUUCAGAUAAACUAUGAAGCCUUCGAUUUACCAAGUUGGCUAUCAUUUGAUUCUGGAGCUCGAACAUUCACAGGUACUCCACAAAAGGAUGAUUUGAAAAAUGGAUUGACUACUAACGUGCCCGUCACUUUACAAGGAACUGAUCCCAGUGAUAACGAAAAAUUGAAUAAAACUUAUAAUCUGGUGGUUACAGGUAAGACUAGUAUUGAUGUAGCAAGUAAUUUCAAUCUAUUGGCGUUAUUAAAGAAUUAUGGAUCCACCAAUGGUCAAGGUGGUUUAAUUUUAAAACCUAAUCAAGAAUUUAAUAUCACUUUCGAUAGGGAUUCUUUCACCAAUCAAGAUUAUAUUACAGAGUAUUAUGGUAUUUCAGAGCCUAACAACGUACCAUUACCAAGUUGGAUGGUAUUUGAUGCAAAUAACUUAAAAUUUAGUGGAGUAACACCGAUUGCUCAUUCACAGAUUGCACCUCAAGUUACUUAUCAGUUUGCGCUUGGUGCAACAGAUGUUAAUGGUUACUCGUCAGCAUCUAUCCCAUUCUCCAUAGUGGUUGGUGCGCAUGAGUUAACCACAUCUAUUCAAAACACUUUAAUGGUCAAUAUGACUAAGUCAGGAAACUUUGAUUAUCAACUUCCUUUGGAUUACGUGUUUCUGGAUAAUGAAACUAUUUCCAAUGAUGACUUGGGUAGCAUAGAGACUCUCAAUGCACCAAAUUGGGUUUCACUAAGCAAUGGUACUUUAAGUGGUAAAAUGCCCCUGGACGGUAGUUCACCAUCUAAAGUCAAUUUUUCCGUGGCGGUUCAUGAUACUUAUGGUGAUGCUAUCUAUUGGAAUUUCCAGGUUGCAUCUACAAAUGAAUUAUUUGCCACCAAUUCUCUACCAAAUAUUAACGCUACAAGAGGUGAAUGGUUUCAAUAUAAUUUCUUACCAUCGCAAUUUACCAAUAUCAAUGAGACUGAGGUUUCUGUUAAUUUCCCUAAUUCUUCACAAGGUCAUGAUUGGAUCAAUUUCCAAUCUUCAAAUUUGACAUUACUGGGUGAAGUUCCAGAUGAUUUCAACUCUUUGUCAGUAGCAUUGGUCGCUAAAGAAAAUUCCCAACAACAACAGUUGAGUUUCAAGCUAGUUGGAAUGGAUGACAGGAAUCGUCAUCAUAACUCUACUACAUCAUCUAGAUCACAUUCAUCUACUCGCCAUUCCAAGAGUUCAGGUUCACGUUCGGCUACUGCAACAGCGACAUCAUCGUCAUCAUCAUCGGGAACUGCUGCCCUGAUGCCUGCAAAGAAAAAUCAUUCAGGGAAAAACACAGCGGCCAUCGCUGCCGGUGUAACAGUCCCCGUUGUCGUGCUUGCAGCCGCAGCACUGUUCUUCUUUUUAUGGUGGAGACGUAGACAUAAUGACAUGGGCAAAGAUGCUGAAAAAUCUCCCGAUAUUAGUGGUCCUGAUAUCGAUAAUCCAGCAAAUAGGCCUAAUCAAAGUCUCUCCGAAAAUCCGUUUAGUGAUAAUGGUUCAGGUACGAAUCCUGAACAAUUCGGAGCUCUAGCGGCAUCAAAUUUAGACCGCAACUCCUUGUCAGGUUCUGAAGUUUCUACUUUGGACGAGAAACAAAAUACUUCCGACGCUAGUAGAAUCGUCCAACGUGAACUUACAUCACCAAGUAGUGAGAUGUUAUUACCGACUCCACUACCAGUUUCACAUUCUAAUGAAUCCAAUUUCUUUAAUCCAAACGAUAGAUCAUCAUCAGUGUACCGUGAUAGUGAACCUGCAUUACAAAAAUCAUGGAGAUAUAGUGAAAAUUCUAAAACGGAGAGAUCCCUUAGAGAUAGUGCACGGACGAAUAGUACGGUUUCAACGCUUGAUCUAUUCAAUACGGUAAUAAAAGAGGAUCAACCAAUACCUAGGGACCCCAGAAAAUCAACCCUGGGUCAAAGAGAUUCGGUAUUUGGGGGUAAUAAAGAAUCACCCAAGAAAACAAACUCAAGAGCCAAAUUUGCAUCUGAAAAUAAUAUGCUCCCGAUAUUGGAUGAACAAAGUCAUGAUUCAAAUUCUAGGACUAACAUGGCGAUGACAAUGUCAAGUUCUUCAUCUUCUGACGAACUAAUUCCCAUGCAGGAAAAUGGGAAAUUUAACUGGGUAUCUAAAUCGAAAGCAAAAAGAACGCCGAGUAAGAAACGACUAGUCCAAACACAACAUGAAUCCAACGUUGACGUUGGCCAGGCUGAUGAAGUAGAAGGACACGUACCUGAACAAAUAUGA